AUGGCCUCGUUCGAGUCCAGGGGAAGCACCCGAGCACGAUUGCACAAGCUCCUUGAAGACCGGAGGUUGCACGCUGUGCUCCUGGUGUUACUUGUGAUCGAUGUGUUCCUCGUGGUUCUUGGUAGUGUACUUGAGGUCCAUUAUGUUGAGAGCAAGUACGAGGAUGCUGAGAAGGUCGCUGUAGCAUGCGCCGCUGGCGGAGUUGGUGGCUGCGUCAUACCAGACGAAUAUGGCGACCAUUAUUUUCAUGACGCAGAGAUUGUUUGCAUAUUGCUGUCGAUGACGAUAUUGGCGGUCUUCUUGGCGGAGCACCUCUUGCACAUGUUCGUGCUACAGCGGCAAUACUUCUCGAAUUGGCACCACCCUUUCGAUCUGUUUGUCGUCAUCGUUGCGUUGAGUCUCGAGAUCUUCGCUCUCACAGGGAAUCUCCAUGUCAGCUUGGGAAUUAUGGUAUCAGCUCGCUUGUGGAGGUUUGUGCGUAUCGUCCACGGGUCUGCCGAGCUUGUGCACGCUAUGGGCGAUUCACCAAUCGCCCACAAGCAAGACAAGGACCUCAACGUUGCGUCGUGA